CUCAACGACCCUAUUUUGCUGGCCCCGAAAACGAAACCCCAUUGAAUUUAGUCCAAAUUUCCGGCACUUUAACCAUGAACUUGGAGCAAAACCUGACCGCUGCCCUGAUGCAGUCGCAGUCGCUGGGCAAGGAGGCGGCGGCGGAGGAGGAGGCGUGGCCGGCGGAGGCCCAUCUGCACCAGCCGCCCGAAGAGAGUCAGUUGCUCUUGCCGGAGCGUUCCAGCUGCCUGGCGGUGAAGACCUAUCUGCGGAUGUGCGGCCUGCCCUUUUCGGAGCGGAUCAGCGAGAAUGCGGAGUUCAUGUCGCCCGGCGGUCGCCUCACCCACCUGCCACUGCUCCGUUUGGGCCCCGUAAGGACCUUUGCCGAGUUCGAGCCCAUUGUCGCCCAGGUGGAGGCCAUGCAGGCGGGCAGCUCGCUGGGCAGCUGGAUGACGCAGGAUCAGCGCGACGAUGUCCGCUGCCUGGUGGGCCAUGUGGAGAAUGUCUUCACGCUGGCCGAGAUCCACAUGAGCUUCGUGGACGCCGUCAACUAUCAACGGUACACGGCACCGCGCACUGGACAGCCGCAUCCCUGGCCCUUGAGUGUGAUGCGCCGGAUUACGAGGCAGCGGGAGGCCCAGCGGCUGCUGAAGGUCUACCAGUGGCAGGAGAUGGACCACGACCAGGUGCUCCACGAGGUGGGUCUGUGUGCCGACGCGCUGGUCGCCCAACUGGAGGAGAGCCAGGAGGCAAAGGAGGAGGGCGCCGGCUUCCUCUGCGGCUCGCGACCCUGCGCCCUGGACGCCCUGGUCUUUGGCCAUGUGGCUGCCAUACUGACCACCCAGAUGCCCAAUAUGGAGCUGGCCGCGAUCCUCGGCACCUAUCCCCGCCUCCUCGCCCAUUGUCGGCGCAUCGAUGGCCGCUUGUUCGAGGGCAAGCUCCUCAGCGUCGAGGAGCAGCUGGAGUAUCCCGAGUAGUCGGGGGUAACCAGGAGUAGGGUAAAUAAAAUUAAGGGAAGACAGGACGGGACUACUCCUACUCCCUCUGCCCCGCGGCAGGAACAAAGGA